CCAGAAAAAGAUCUUGAGUAAAAUGGCCCACCAAGACCAUGGCUAACAUGCUGAUUGAUGACACCAGCAGCGAAAUCUUUGACGAGUUAUACAAAGUGACCACGGAGCACAUGAAGAACAAGAAGGAAGCCCACAAAAUCAUGAGGGACUUGAUCAAAGUGGCCAUCAAAAUCGGGAUCCUCUACCGAAACAAUCAGUUCAAUUCCGAAGAGCUGGAGAUUGUCGAGAAGUUCCGCAAGAAGCUGAACCAAGCGGCCAUGACGAUUGUUAGCUUUUACGAGGUGGAGUACACUUUCGAUAAAAAUGUCCUCUCGGAACUCCUGAACGAGUGCAAAGACCUUGUUCACGAACUCGUGGAACGGCACCUGACAGCCAGGUCUCAUGCGCGAAUCAAUCAUGUCUUCAACCAUUUCGCAAAUGUGGAGUUCCUCACUGCCCUCUAUAGCCUUGAUGGGGAAUGCCGACCACACCUCAAAAAGAUCUGUGAUGGAAUCAACAAACUGCUAGAUGAGAAAAUCCUUUGAAACUUUGCCCUUUUUAAAAAAACAAAACAUAACAGCAACUAUACAAGUUUCACUUCAGAAAUGUAACCAGAGAGUUGGGACCAACUGUUAGCUUCCUGUGCAUAAUCCCAAAAGAGAAUGGCCUGGUUUGCACACUAAACCAUGGUUUGUUAAACUACAGUUUCUUUAACCAUGGCUUAGUGUUAUGCAUGAGCCCAGCAGCUUAACUAUGGUUUAUUAACUAUGGUUAAAAGUUGCUUGUUAAGGUUUGUAGUUGCUUUAUAAACCAUGGUUACUGUAAACCAUAGCUUAGUGUUACAUGUGGACGCAGCCCAACACCUCCUCCUUAAUGCUGCUUAUGGAGUCAUCACCGCUCAAAAGGUACACAGCUGUAACUAAAUAGCAGCUCUUCUGGGCUUGUGUCUCUUUGAUAGAGAGAUGUAAUAAACUAAGGCUUAAGUGAC